CGAAUAAAAGAGAGCGUGGAAUUUCCAUAGCUCUAGCUUGAUUUUUCCAAAAAGGCGUCGACUAUUUUGCAAAUAGGGAAAGCAAUACUUCUCACUUGACCGUAAAGGAGCAAGCCAUGGUUUUGAGACACCAUAAGAAUUACGUGCCACAAGUGAAGUGACGCUGACCAUCCCUCCUGUUCUUUUACAUUUCUUAUAUUUUUUCAAAUCUUUUUUUUUUCUUUUUGGUAGCUUUGGAAAAGCUGCAAACGUUCCUCUUUUCCAAUACCCUUUACAAAUCGUUCUUCUCCUUUCAACAACUCGCAUUUUCCUAGAGUACAGAGUGGCACUAUGGCGUCUUCAUCACCUCCACCGCCUGUACCAUCACAUGGAAUACCGGAAGCAACUUUGCAUCCGUCUAAUGAAAUGGAGCUCAAUGAGUCCGCUCAGCCUCCUCGUACCUUACAACGCAGUGAUUCAUCAACAUCCCGAGUCCAACGUAAGAAGUCAUUGGUUCGUCCAGAGCGUGAAAGAAUAGAUCCCAGCCACAGACAGUAUCAUUAUCGACAAAGAGCAGCUGAGCAUGCUUCUAGAGACGGACCAUUUGCAGCGAGUACCACUGGCAAUGCACCUAUCUAUACCGCAGGCUCGGAAGAAGGUAUUUCGUCCGCUAUUCAGCUCCAACAACAAUACGCAACACCGCCCCCACCGCCUCCACCUCGACGUCGUUCUUUACGUGACCGUGUGGUUCCUGUACGACGAGGAAAAAGUAUCUUAGGACGGGAGGACCCCGAUAGCCAUAAGGAGCGAAAGCAGCGAUCACAGGCCACAGAUGCUCAAGUCAACAACACUGCAGCUCCUCGGGUCGAUCGUACACCUUCUGUCAACAAAGCCAUGCAUCAUAUGGAAAAAGAUGUUGAUUAUAAGGAACCAAAGCAGUGGCCAAGCUGCUGGUACAUGUACAGUUUGGUUGUUAGUAUCUGGAUACCAAAUUUCAUCUUGAGCACCUUUGGAGUGAAAGAAAAGCCGCGACAGAGAGCGUUCCGAGAGAAGAUCGGGUUACUGUCGAUUAUCUUGCUGAUUUGUGGAGCUGUAGGCUUUUUGACGUUUGGAUUCACUCAAACAGUAUGUCCGAAGCCCCCGUUGCGUUUCCAAAUUGGAUAUAUCAACAACGGCUAUCUGAUCAUCAAUGGUUGGGCGUAUCAACUAGCUACUUGGGAGCAUCCGGCCAUUCCAGGGCAAACAAACACUUCCACCAACCCACUUUAUCCUCCUGUUAAUGCCGGUGGCAUGGAUGCUUCGUUUUUGUUCCAAAACGUGAACCAGAAAUGUCUCAAUGUUAUCACUCCAAAACCGGGUGUCAACAUAGGGCAGUCAGGCAACAUGGUUCCAACCUAUUUUCCUUGUCGAUUGUUUAACCCAAAUGAAACCAUCGCUCCCAGCUAUACUACCUACUCAAAUUAUUCUGGAUGCCAUCUUACGGCAAAUGAGCGCAAUCAAUAUUACGAUUUCGUUCAUCUCGGUGUACCCAACAACAAAGGCAGCCGUGACAAAGGUGGACAGGUCUACUACACCUGGCAGGAUUUGGCAGCAAAACCGAAUUUAGUAGCUUUUAAUGGAUAUGUGCUGAAUUUGAACCUAUUACAAUCUUUGCCACCAACUUUAUUUGACACACCUGCCAAUGGCUUAAUCGAAACAAUGCUUGCCUCGGUUGCUAACAAGACUUAUUCAGGUCAAGAUAUUACCCGCAUGGUGAAUAGCAGAAGAGGAACCGGUAACUGGCCGAGAGAAGCGGAGUGUCUUGCAGACAUCAUUAAAGUUGGCUUCCUCGACACAGAGACCAUUGGUUGUUUCGCAUCUGAUAUCGUGCUAUAUUGUUCUUUGGUCGUCAUUCUAGCUGUCAUAGGAGUCAAGUUUGGUCUCGCUGUACUUUUUGGAUGGUUCCUAUCAUGGAGACUGGGAAAUUUUGGCGAAGAAAAAUCCUAUCGUGACCGCAUGAAAAGAAAUGCCGAAAUAGAAGAUUGGACAGAGGGAAUUUACGAGCCCGCACGAGGUAUUCGACCAAGAAAUAUGUCAAGUUUUAGUACUCAAGAAAAACGCAAAUCAUUUCUUCCACAAACCUCUCGGUUCACUCAGCCUGAGCCUAUGAUGUUCAGUGGGCGUCCAUCAUCAACGUAUAUGGCCGUAAGUCCUGUGACUGCACGUCCUGGGUCUCCCCAGGCGACAUCAAUUCGAAUGUCGAUGUCCCCUCCACCAACCUCACCGAGCCCGCCCUUCUCGCCAUCACCAAGGCUCUCACCAUUACAAUCACGCACAAGAGAUAGCGUAGGUAGUAUGAUGGCUUUAAUGCCAUUGGGAUCGAGCCAAGAUUCAAAUACUUCGGAUUCAUCAAGUCAAAAUUUAUCUGCAUGCCCAUUCCCACUCUCAAGAUACGCCGUUCCUUUGCCAUCACCGGACUAUAAACCGUUUGGAUUUCCUUUGAUACCCACCAUAUGUUUGGUCACUUGUUAUUCCGAAGGAGAGGAAGGACUUCGAACUACCAUUGACUCCAUUGCCACCACCGAUUAUCCGAACUCUCACAAAAUCAUUUUAGUCGUUUGCGAUGGUGUCAUCACUGGUGCAGGAAACAGCAAAUCCACCCCUGACAUCUGUGUUGGUAUGAUGCGGAAUUUGCUGGUUCCCAAAGAGCAGACUGAACCGCUUUCGUACAUUGCGGUGGCUGAUGGCAUUCACAAGCAUAAUAUGGCCAAAGUGUUUGCCGGCUAUUACAAGUACGAUGAUACAACCGUCGAUCGACGAAAGCAGCAGCGUGUACCAAUGAUAACCAUCGUAAAAUGUGGCACACCAAUAGAAGCGAAUGAUAAGAAACCUGGAAAUCGUGGCAAGCGAGACUCGCAAGUUCUACUCAUGAACUUUUUGCAAAAAGCCAUGUUCGAUGAACGAAUGACAAAUAUGGAAUACGAAAUUUUCAACUCCUUUUGGCGACUCACCAACAUCAGUGCUGACAAGUAUGAGAUUUGUCUCAUGGUAGAUGCCGAUACCAAGAUCUACCCAGACUCGCUAUCGCGCAUGGUAUCCUGUAUGGCGAAGGAUCCGACCAUCGCAGGACUAUGCGGAGAAACGAAGAUCGGAAACAAAACCGAUAGCUGGGUAACGAUGAUCCAAGUGUUCGAGUACUAUAUUGCUCACCAUCAAUCCAAAGCGUUUGAGUCUGUAUUUGGAGGAGUAACCUGUCUUCCUGGAUGCUUCUGUAUGUAUCGAAUCAAGGCUCCUAAAGGACCUAGUGGUUACUGGGUUCCGAUUCUCGCCAAUCCGGAUAUCAUUGAACGAUAUCAAGAAAAUGUUGUCGAUACGCUUCACAAGAAAAAUUUAUUACUACUCGGUGAAGAUAGAUACCUCUCCACCUUAAUGCUAAGCACGUUUCCCAACCGGAAAAUGCUAUUCUGUCCGCAGGCAGUAUGUAAGACUGUGGUCCCUGAUACAUUCCGUAUUCUACUGUCACAGCGUCGUCGAUGGAUUAACUCUACCGUACAUAACCUAAUGGAACUUGUCAUGGUCCGUGAUCUCUGCGGAACAUUCUGCUUUUCCAUGCAGUUUAUUGUUUUCAUGGAACUUGUCGGUACCGUCGCCUUACCUGCAGCCAUCAGCUUUACCCUCUUCUUGAUCAUCAGAGCUAUCAUGGGUGCUCCUGCUGAAAUUCCACUGAUCCUAUUAGCUUUGAUUCUUGGACUUCCGGCCGUAUUGAUUGCCAUGACGAGCCGAAAAGUCAUUUAUGUUGCAUGGAUGCUUAUCUACUUGCUUUCGCUACCAAUAUGGAACUUCUUAUUACCUGUAUGGGCAUAUUGGCACUUUGACGAUUUCACCUGGGGAGAAACUCGAAGAGUUGUUGGAGCAGAAAAAGAUACUCAUCAUGGUGAUAAGUUUGGAGAGUUUGACAGCAGCCAGAUUGCCAUGAAACGUUGGUCUGAAUUCGAAAGAGAACGACGGCUUAAGAUGAUAUUCCAGCAGCAAUCCGAUUUUGCGAAAAUUGAUAAAGACGACGAUAUGCAAGCCUAAACAUCCAUUGACAAGCAAGAAUGGCAUCCGAUCAUUUAGAAAGAAGCAACUCAGUGGGCAGCCAAAGUGGAAGUCCAAAAUUAUCACA